GAGGAGGGCCGCUUUGUGCGCCACACAGAUGCGAGGUAAACGGACACUGGAGCAGCAGCGCAGACGGGACCGUCCUGCCGUAACUCUCCUGCCGAGGAACCUAAAGUGAAUGUAGAGACGCAGAGACUCCUGCUGUCCUCCUCCUGCGCACUGGAAUAUAAACUGGAACUUCCUGAUCGCUCGGGACAAACAGAAAGGCUGAGAUGAAACCAGAGCUGGACGACCAGAAUGGCUGCACACAUUAAACACCUGGAAUUAUACUUUCUUUGACAACAUUUCCAAAGAACUCUGGAAAGAAUCUCUUCUGAACUCCUACAGAACCUGGUUAAAUUUCUUUUGUGUGGAUUAUAAAUAAGAGACUGCCAACAUGCCUAUUCUCAAGCAGCUGGUGAACAACUCCAACCAGUCGAAGCGGCGGUCUCGGGCCGACCUGACCGCGGAGAUGAUCAGCGCUCCGUUGGGGGACUUCCGCCACACCAUGCACGUCGGCAGGGGAGGAGACGCGUUUGGGGACACUUCAUUUCUUAGCACCCGAUCAGGGGAACCUCCCAGGGAGCCGGAGACCAAGCAGGGCUCCCCGGGCCCCAAACCAGGGCUGCUGUCCCGCACCUUCAGAAGCAGCAAGCGCUCUCAGUCAGUAAACCGGGGGGACAAGUACGAGUACAACAUGAUGGCGCCUUCCGGGGGCUCAUCCAACUACGUGAAAAACGCCAUAUCCCUGCCUUACCUUAACGACGAGGACACCAACAGAGGACACCAGCUGCCAAAGAGCGUCUCCUCAAGUCCGAUGAAAAGGCUGGCAGAGAUCGAAAGCAGGCCGGUGAACGGAGCAGCAGCAGCGAUGGCGACACUGGAUGCAGAGUUUGACGAGCGCAAUUUCGGUGAACUUACAGAUCUGCCUCCGUCUAUGCCAAAGGGGGGCGGAAUGAAGCACGCCGAGUCGAUGAUGUCCUUCCACAUUGACUUGGGGCCCUCCAUGCUCGGGGAUAUCUUGAGCGUGAUGGAAAAGAAAGGCUGGGAGGAAGACGACCUCGGCUACGAAGAAGGGAAGGGCAGCGAGGGACACGCGUCGCCCUCCCUCAUCCCACACAUAGACGACGAGGUGGAGGAGGAGCGGGCCCCUGCGAGGCCACCUCGCAGCAUGUACCAGCAGAAGGCCGCGGUGGAUCCGUACACCCCGGAGCUGCACGCCAGGAACAACCACCACAACAUGGAUAGCUGCUCUGUGUCCAGCUCCGGCUCAGCCAUGGAGGAGAAGCCUCAGUACCACCUCCACGACGGCGACACGGACAGUGCCAAGUACAGUUCGCCGCGCGGGGAGGACGACAGAGAUUUCACCUUCAUGGAUGACGAUGACGAUGAUGAGAUUCGGGUGUAAACUGGAGUCGCUGCUGUGAACAGUCUUGAGGAACACUAUCGGAGAGGACCGAGGCGUUGGGAGGCUAUCGCAAGCCGGGAAUGGCGAGGGAGGGAGUUAGCAGCAGGGCCACAUCUGAUUUAAGCUUCUCGUAGAUCACUCUAAUCUCUGUACACUUUGUUCAACAUCAUAAAUAAAACCAAUUAAGCCUUAUUCACUGUGCUGUGGCGAGGAGAUGUGAGCUGAGUGCAAACAGCUCACAAAGCGGGACUCUGGGAAGGUUUGGGUUCUUAAACGUUGCACAGUUUUCUUUUUUGCAACGUCAAACUCUGAUCACGUUAUCAUUGGGAAAUUCUCCAAUUUGAAAUACUAGUUCCCAUGUCACGUCCUCGUCAGAGGUGCGUUAACAAAGAAGGAAGAGCAACCAAGCCUUUCGUUAUGAGCACUGCACUCGAUUUUCCUUUUCUUAUUUUUUUUUUCCUUUUUUUUAAGAAUUAACGUGUGACCAUGAGGUUAGAGAACCAUAGCGCAGCUGUCAAUCACAUGAAUAUCACAUUUGGAGUGCGAUGGGGGAGCUCGUGUGAGGUCACGGACAUGGAGUGGAUGUGCACUACAGAUUCUGAACACGGAAGAGGGAAGAAAAAGAAGAAAAAAAACAAAACAAAAAAAAACAGAAGUGAAAUUCAGAUUGCUUUGUAAUCUCUGAGCGAUCCUGGAGCUUCUUCUGCCAACGACAAUGUUUUUUGGCAUCGACACUAAAUAGAGAAAGUAGUUAUUACUUUUGUUCACAUUUGACUUCGGGGGUGAUUUAUGCUUACUUUUAUUUUGUGUACAUAAAGUAUCUGGAGGGUCUGGCGCCUGGUUUGGUGGCUCAUUACAUUAGCAUCAUUUUUGCUGCAGUCUCUCUUUGGCAAGGUCUGGAUUCUUGAAAUUGGCAGACAGCUGUGGUAUUUAUUCAUUCAUUUUCAUAAGGGAUGGAUCUUUCUUAAUGUGCACUGUUUGGUCUUAAAAAGUUUUUUUUGAUUUUGGGGGUUUUGAGAUCCUUUGAAAAAAACUUCUGCAUGGUACUACAGAGCGAGCGAGCGAGUUCAUCCCGUUGAAGUUUUUGCUACACGGCACUUAACUAUCGGACUCGCAGCGACAUCGAGUCGUCUGUGUCACAUCGCUCCUGCUAUCACUGUCGUGGUGAGGCUGUAUCGGUUGACAAUGAGCUAUGUUUUGAGAAAAUGUGAAGAGGCCUUUUGUACGUGUUCUGUGUCUUUUAAAAAAAAAACAAAAACAAGGGAGAAGUGGUGAUGUGGCUAAUUGUGUGUCAUUGCUGUGUCGUCACAUGUCGUUCCACGUCAUCGCUGAGGUUUGCAGGAUAAGCAGGUCAGCAGAGAGACUUUAGGUUUGAAAAGGGAGCCGCUGCAGUAGGAAAAAAAAAAAAAAAAGAUUAUAUGAAAUUAAUAGCUGUGGCGCUAUCCCAACACACGCCUCGUCUCUCCUGACACGUGUUGGAGCUCGUCUCUGAGGGAAGAGAAAGAGUGUUCGAACAUGUACAAAGUGUUAUCAGAGCGCAGCUACUUUUAUAAGACGGGCAUCGCGUAUGUCUCGGGGCGGCAAGAGCGGCGGAUAGUUUCCUGAACCGGCCCCACAAGUGAUAAUACUCACCUCUUCCUCACACGGCCCCAAAUCACACAGUAGGAACAGAUGUUUAAAUCAACCAAUCAUCUGGCCCUCUCCCAGUCUACUCAUUAAGUGUGCUGGAUUUACUGGCCCCCAACCAGCUGGAAGGGCUCCAGGAACAGCAGGGUCAGGGACAGACAGGUGGGGCUCCAUCUCGUUGGCUUUUUUGUGUGUUUUGUCGGCUUCGCUCGGUUGACGGCUCCUCCAGGUUCCCUUUCAGUUAUGAAUAAGGCAGAGAGAGCGCUCCUCUCGCUCUCUGGGAUCCGUGAUUAAUGUCCGACUGUUUUUUUUUUUUUUGUUUUUUUUUUGGUGUUAGAAAACUAAUUGCCACGUUUGACGAACGGGAAGCUUUUGAGUUUCCUGUUGUGGCGCUGAUGCAGGGGUGUGUACAUAGAAUCAGGAUGCUGUGCCAUUCUGCCUUGGGUUAUUUUGAUGUCUUAUUUUUUUGUUUUUUUUUUUUGGAACCAUGUGAACGGGUUGUGAGAAGUUCUGAAAUGGGGAAAAAAGCGAUCUGGAGGGAAAUUGCCAAGUACGUUCUAACCAUAUUAUGGGGUAAUAUUAGCAGGAUGUUUAUUUUCUACCUAAUGUAUAGAUGAUGCAGUAUGAUUUGAGUCAGACUUCGAUCAUAUUUUAAUGUUAACGGGCCAAAUUUUUUUUUUUUUACUUUGAUUGAUCGGUUGUGAAAUCUGGUUUGUGGAUUGUCGUUGGGGGGGAAGCUGCAAUCACUUAAAAAAAAAAAAGAAGAACAAAAACACUCCGGACCUGCUGUUGUUUUUCAUCAAGUAAUGUAAAUAUAAUUUGUGCCAUCGAUGAUUAAAGUGAACGAUCUGUGUUAUCAGCAGUGUGACGACGUGUUCAUGGCGUGAGAACCAGCAGAAUGUUUUGCGGGAGGCAGUUUUCUUUAACACUAAGCUGCACAUCUGUGGCCACAUUUCGUAUUUUGCAAGCACACAUUUAAAAGAAACCUUCCACCAAUCUGGCAACCCAGACUGUUUAGAGGGUAAUUAGAGAAUUAUGGAAAAGUAUACUAAAUUACACUGCGAUACUUUUCUCGUAAUUGUCUUAACUUCUCUGGCAUUUUGUUGUGUUUUCUCUGCGGGAAACUCCAAAGUAGGCCAGAAUUUAAAAAAAAAAAAAAAAAAAAAAACCUUUUAUAAAAGGAAUUUGCAAAAUACUCUCAGCCUCAGGUCUGCUUCAAAGUGUUUUCUCUGUGCCCUGACAGAAGUGAUUUUGCGAGUGGCAAAAAAAAAAACAAACGAUAAGGACUGCGAAAAAGAAAAAAGAAGCGACUGGCUCAAAGUUCAGCUGUAGAAAGUUUUCUCUCUCUCUCUCUUUUUUUUUCUAUUCAGUGGCUGUAGUGUUAUGCCAAGUAUGUACUGUUUUCUUUUUCCUAUUCCUCAUCCUGGUUUUACAGUAUAUUAAUAUAUUUACCUUCCUCACUUUCCCUUUCUUUGAAAUAACAGCUAUAUUUUUCAAUAAAAAGAGAAAGCUGGUAAUCUUUGA